AUGAGUAAUGUAACCUCAUCCUUGGGAUGCCCUUUCAAAUACCCAACUGAACAUUUGAAAAAUGAUUCCAAAAGCAUGACCUUUAGAGAUUUCAUACAAUAGCAACAAAUCAAAGAAGAUCAAAAGUUCCAAUUAACAGGACGAUUGUCUACUCUCCAAGUCUCACCCAAAAAUUCUAAGAAAUCCAGAUGCGAAAAACAACUAAGCAGUCUCCUACGCUAAGAACCAACCAAUCAGUUCAUCAUUAAACACGACAUACAAACUCAAGUGACAACUUAAGACUUUGGAAAUAAGUAAAAGAGUUUUAAAAUUCCAGAGCUAUCUCCUACUCAGACACUUUUUCAUUUACCUAUGAUUAGUGAUUCCCAGAUUUGUGAAAUCGUACUGCCUAACACUCCUGUUCAUUUCAAAUUCACUCCCUAAUAACAUAAAAUCAGGAACCCCAAUAGUAACAGUUUGAGAAAUGUUCAUGAGUAACUUGUAUCUCUUCGAAGACCUAAAGUGUUGCAGAAUCAUCGAGAGUUAAAACAACCCCUAAAGACACAAACGGAAAUCAUUAGCAAAUUUUUUGAGACUAAAUUCCAAAAGAUAAUAAAGACCUAAAUCAAAUAGUAUGGUAGUAAUGAAUUACUUGAUUAACAUUCUGAAUCCCUCUAUCUUAGAGUCACCCAAGACCGUUAGCUGAAGACUAAGUACUAAGGGAAACACCUAAAAUAUCUCAAGGAUAUUUAUAAGAGUAUUUUAGGAAUUGGAUACACCUAAGAAAUACUACUUGACCCAUUUAGAAUGAGGAGUAUUCAUGCUCCACUUUUCAUAAAGAAAGAAUAGUUCAUUAGAUUCAAAUAUCUUUUCAUCAAUCAAUAUAUGGAGAUGGAGACACCGGUUGAAUUACUUUUUAAGGGUUGUUACAAAUUGGAAAAUUUUAAGCCUUUGAUUCUAAAUUAGAGAAGCGAUUUUGAAAUAUUUGGUGGAGAAUAUGGAAUCAAUGAAAUAGCUAAGAACAUGUAUGAAAAGAUAUUCAAAGAUUACACAUUAAGUCCCUAUUUCAAGGCCAUAGAGUUGGAAGAGUAGGCUGUUAAAUUUGCUAAACUGUUUGCCUAAUUGAUCGAUCAUACUGAAUCUCCGAACUACACUCUUGAAGUACUCAGAGAAAGGCAUGUCAAAUAUAAAUUGACCCAUGUUCAAUUGGCUAAUUUCAAAUUCUAUCUAUCCACAACUUUACAAAAGGUUGGCAUCGGAUUCAAACACCUCAGAGUAUUACUUAGAAAGAUGGAUACUUAUAAGUUUGCCAUAUUGAAUAAGCCCUCACUGUAAGAAUGCAUUAAUAACAGUCCAGGAGGAUAUAGAGAAUUUAUUGAUAGUUUUGUGCGUCUCUGUUCGAGUGAGCCUAUUCUCUUUGAUUUAGUAUAGAAGAGAGGCAAGUAACGAUUUACUGCUCAUUGUGAAAAUGUGUUUCACUAUUUCUUCAGAGAUAAUGUCAAAUCAAUCACGGAUGAUGAUAUAGAGUCUAUUCAUAGAAACAAGACCAUCAUUUCUGAAAAGGUCUAUAAGAAGUUCAAGGAAAAGGCAAUGCAAGCUGUAAGCAAAGUAACUAAUGAUCCAAUUUUAUUAAGCGAUUUCGAAGAGGAUUGGGAAGAAAUUACACCCAUCCUAAUGAAUAGACCUAAAAAGACUAUUAUUAAAUCAUUUGGAGGGUAAGGUGUAGUUAAUCGCAUCGCAUACAAACUAGAGAAUGAGAUUAUGUAAAGACCACUUCUUUACAAAGUGUUUGAAGAUAAUGAAACUCGGGUUUGCCCUAAUUUGAAAUGCAAGUUAAAUUUGAUUCUGUAUGGAAUGCACUUCUACAAACGCACUGACAUCGAAGUUCUCCACAAGAGAUUGCGGAUUCGAGAAUAAACCUAUUUUGAAUUCUAAUAAGCCAUGAAGAUUGUAAUGCAGGAUGAACCAUCUAAAUUAUAAUGGGUUCUGGAUGUUAUUGAUGACUACAAGAAACAUAUUGUUUUCGAUUGA